AAGCCGAGCGACAUCCAUCAGACUCUCUGCUGCACUCUCGGAGGUACACACUUCUUCAGGCUGAACCCCACAAACACUCCGCCAGGCUGUCACACCGAUUUCCGGGCACAAUCUGGUGAUCUCCCCGCUGAUUCUCCUCUCCAUCAGGACCGAGGGAGAGAUGCGCCGUCUGGGAGGAGUAGGAGGAGAAGAACAGCAGCAGCAGCAGCAGCACACACCUGCGAGCAGGAUCUGAGUUUCUGUAACAUCAAAGAAAGGUUUAUUGCGGGCAUCAAUAUGACUGAUGGGGAUUAUGACUACCUUAUAAAGCUCCUUGCCCUGGGGGACUCCGGCGUGGGGAAGACCACCUUCCUGUACCGAUACACAGACAACAAGUUCAACCCAAAGUUCAUCACCACAGUCGGCAUCGACUUCAGGGAAAAGAGAGUGGUGUACACAGCGGCCAAUCCCAAUGCGACGACAACAGGGAAAACCUUCAAGGUUCACCUUCAGCUAUGGGACACAGCUGGGCAGGAGAGAUUCCGCAGCCUGACGACGGCGUUCUUCAGGGACGCCAUGGGCUUCCUGCUGAUGUUUGAUCUCACCAGCCAGCAGAGUUUCCUCAAUGUCAGAAACUGGAUGAGCCAGCUACAGGCCAAUGCGUACUGUGAGAAUCCAGAUAUCGUGUUGAUAGGAAACAAGGCGGACCUGGCGGACCAGCGGGAGGUUCAGGAGAAACAGGCCAAGGAGCUGGCUGAUAAAUACGGGAUCCCGUACUUUGAGACGAGUGCAGCCACAGGGGCGGAGGUGGACAAGGCGGUGAUAAAGCUGUUGGACCUAGUCAUGAAGAGGAUGGAGCAGUGUGUCGACAAACCGCCCGCCGAUCCAGCCAAUGGGAACGGAGCCACGAAGCUCAGCGAUGAGCAGCCCAACGAGAAGAAAUGUGCAUGCUAGAUGAAGAAGGAAACGACCAUUCAGCGCUCUUCUGUCGUCCGUCCUUUCUACUCACCACAUCUGUCCUUCUUUUACCUUCUCCUUCCAUCAUCUUUGCAUGUUUCUACCUCUUUUCCACUUUCGAAAACUAACCUUUAACCAUAUGCUGCUUCUUUUUUCUUUAUCUUCCUUCUUUCUCCUCCCAUACUGUUUGGCACUGUGGCAAUGACACAACCCUGUCCCCCCCUAGUGGCUAUUCAAGGAAACACACACAGUCUUAGUCUGAGGAAAUGAAAACAGGAGGGGAUCGUUUCAUCACUGUCAGACACAUAAUGUGGCUCAUUUACAGUAAAACAUGCAAUCUGGGACUUAAGCUGGUUUGAAUAAUUUAAAUUGAUCUCUAAAGGCAAAAAGGAGAUGUUUACAACUUCAAUUUGAACUUUUGAUGCAACAUCACUUUGUAACAGAGGUAAGCUGUUACCUGUUUAGGCUAUCACUUGAUGACAGCAGGCAUGAAGAGCUUGACAUCAGGCUGUGUGUCUGUGUAAAUUAACGAUCCCCUCCUGAAACCUUUCCUCCUGGACCAGGGAGAACAAAUGUAUUUCCCCCUCCUCCCCUGUUUCAAACACCGUUCAUGCGAUGCUGUACCUGUAUGAGAGCCAUGAAUGGACAUUGUUCAGUGUAUCAAGCAUAUUUAUCUGGUUCACGAAUGCAAAACUUUGUUCCUAAAAAUGUAGCCACACAGUUUUUAACCCAGUUGGCUACAGCGUCAUGGUGGAGCUCUUUGACCCUGUGUUAGAGAGGCUGUUUCUGUUAGCCUUUACACAAUAACUCAAAUGACAUGUUACUACAGCUGAAUCUACAAUGACCCUGCAGAUACAUACCAGGAGUAUAUUGAACUUUAUUAGCAGUUUUCACAACUAAACUGUCAUAUUUUUCUCACAUAAAAUAAAUACUUGUGUUGCCACUAAAUAAAAAAGAGUUACCUUGGAACAUGUGUUGCUAUGAGCUAGCCGCUACAUUUCCUCCUGUUUACACAUCUGAUUAGCAGCUUGUGUAGCUAGAUAGCCACUAACUAGCUAACGUAGGGUAUCAGUGCUCAGUAGUGAUAGCAGUGGCUGCAAACGGUAUGCUAAUAUUAACAAAAGCAGGCUAGGUGUGGAGUGAAGAGUAUUUUGAGUGACUCAUUUGGAAACAUUUCGAGAAAUGCAUAGCCCACUUCUCGCUGUACCAUUACAAUUGUGCUAUCAAGACUAUCUUGCUAGCUAGGUUGUUGUGGCCGUUGAGUUGCUGCUUUUAGCUAUUCUUGCUUUUCUUUGUCACUUUCUUACUUGACUGCCAUAUUAUAAAUUAGAAAAAGAAUUGUAAAUACGUUUACAUUGCAUUGAUGACCUUUAUUUCUUUGUCCCCAUUAUUAUUUCCCAGCCUCACUUCAAACUGUACGGAACAACAGCGGCUAAAGCUAGCUUGUUGAUGUUAGCAUUUUGAUCGCGCCUUUCUUUUCCAGAUUACUCUUUAUUUUGUCUUCAGAUUAGUGUCAGACAUGGCUGAUUAUUAUUUGUAUAGUAUACCAUCCGUACUGUACAAUACAUAUGGGUACAGCAAAGCAAUGGGAAGUGGACCAAAAAACAUAUAUGUAUAUUAUUAAUAGGGGUAUCCUAUACAGUAGGCAUAUUGUUCCAAACUGAUCUACUGCCUUGGCUUUUAAAGCUUUAUUUCACUGUAGUGGAGCAGACUUUAAUCUUUGUAGGAGUUUGAGAUAACCUAACAUCAGUUGCUCUGGGGAUGCUAGGUCACCCUACUGCUAUCACUAAAAUGUAAUAAACAUUUUAUGUCAAUUAGUAUGAAUUCAUCUUAAACACAUGUAAUGGAUUUAUGAGUGCAGAGCAUGAUUAUCUAUUUUAGAUUAUUAUGGGAGUCAGGUGACUUCUGCUUUUCAGGGCAGCUGAUUUCCCAUAUCUUUAUAACGACAAAGUGAAAUAUUUCUUUAAGGCUCCAUACACGACCAAUAUUGUUGGAAUUUAAAGUGACCAAUUAUUUAUAUUAAAAUAAAUGUAAAACAUAGAUUAUUAUUUCAGUUGUCAUAUUUUUGUGAUGUCCUUCACAUCUCACACAUAUCCUUUCUUUUUUUUUUAUUCUAUUCAUAUUUGUUUUUCUUUUCAUUCCUAUAUUGCUCUGAAUCUCUGUUUUUCUAUGACCCCACAAAUUACUUAACAAAAAUGCUUUUCUCUUAGGCUAUAAGAAAAUACACUUUUAAACUCUUGAGAUGUACACUUGAAGUUACUGUGGACCAACUUUCUGUUGUGUAUUGUGCAUGGUUAACACUAAAUAGUUAAUUUUUUUCAUUGCAUACCUGACCAUAGAGCAGUUGCUUUGAAGACAAAUGUAAGAACUCACAUUCAUAUAGAAACUCAACUAAAAACGCUGCAUUCAAGCCCUUUAAAUUUAAAAGUCCAACUCAAUGGUUUUCCUCAUCAUGUUACACCUUGAUCUGCCUUACAGUACUUCAUGAAAAAUCUUGACCCAAGUUGAGGUGCACCAGAAACAUGGGAAAUACUAUUUUUGCUUUCCACCUGCUGCCGGCUAAAUCCUUGUUCUUCAUUGAGCCAAGUUUUAUAUAGCAGUCCCAACUAAAAAAAGUAUUACAGCAUGUCGGUAAUGGUUGGUUUAAAGUAAAUUGAAACCAGGGGCUGCCAAUCGGUUUAGCAGUAGGUCAAAUGUAAAUGUAACUUAUUAAUGGCAAAACACUUCUAUGGUCAUUUUAAACAGUAGGCUAUACACGUUUAGUUUCAACAACUUUUGUAUCAGUAUUCUCUUUAGUAUCGUGCCUAAUGGAUACAUAAAAAAUCGAAUUAAAAGGUAAAGCGUCAAAGCCCUUUGGCUUCACUUCAUUGUCACCUAUAUUUAACCUACCAGUGUGCCAAAUUAAAAAGAAAAGAAACGCCACAAACAAGUGUUUUUUUACCAAACAACAUUCUGCUGUGCACUUAGAGAAAAACAGCCUUCACAAGUAGAACAUGUGUUUUUUAUUUGGUGUAUUGAUCUCUUUUCAGUUUAAAACCUCACAAAGUUACCUGACAACAGAUGAUCUCAGUGCCAUAUCAAAAACCUAAUAGUGUUGAAUUUUUGUUUAUCUAAAUAUUAAUUUGCUGGCUUGCAUUCUAAGUUAGACACAGCAUAAUUGAUUUCCCUAGAAACAUCUAUAGAGAAGGGUUUCUUGUUUCAGCUGUUUAAUUUAUUUGUGGUAAAAUAUGUAGAUUCCACCUUUUAAUAUUUAGUCAUGUAAUCAUAGUGUACAGGUAACAUGUUUCUUAACACUUACAAAAGCAGCUAUGUGAAGUCCUCUCAAUACGAGUACAUUUGUAUCAAGUUAGUUCAACAGUCAUUUAGCAGGUGGUAUUACAGGAGAAUUGUAUCUUCUCGAUCUUUAAGAUAGUUAAGGCUGCAGCAAUUGAAAUGAAUAGUGAAUUGUUUGAACACUGACCUUAAUCACUGUAAACCAUUUUUUAAAGUUGUCUUUAAUUUCAUUGCUGUGUGAGUUCUUCUGAGGAAUACAGUUCCAGUAUCGCUCUCCUUGGGUCUCCACCAACUCUCCACUGUGCCGUUAAAACAAGAGGCGAAAAGCUCAUGCUGCAUAAUUCUCACUGGGGUCGUAUUUCUAUCAAACAGUCCAUUGUUACAUGAAAAAUAUUGAAUAGUGCAACGUUGAAAAGUAUUAUACAUAUAUUUUAAAGGUGUGUACAGACCGAAUGCGGUAGACUAUUUGGCGAGGCACAAUUACACAAGUGAAUGCUAAGGGGCGAAUAGAUGGUAAAUGCGCAGUACAACGUUUAUUCUCGCCUGCAGGGGUAGAAAUUAUUAAUUUACGAGAAAUAUAUGCGUGAGGAUGUUUCUAGAAAGCCUGAGAGUAGAGAUGUUGCUGAAUUGGAAGUGCAGGACGAGCUUAUUGUCACCUGUUUUCCUGAGCUAAACCCAGACAUAUCAAUUAUUAUCGGUGUACCUACUGCAGAACUUCCUCUAGGCUGUAGUUAUUUCAGUCAUGGGUGAUGCCAAAACAAAAUGUUGCAUGUUAUAUGAUAACUAUGGAGGAAAGGAGUAGGCUACCCGUUUAGGAAUUAUAGGGGGAAUAUCUUUUAAUCGGGCCAUAUUCAUGCAAUUAACAGAAGGGGAGAAAGUCGGUCCGAACUCACUUUAAAGGUCCCAUGUCAUGGCCAUUUCUACUGAUCAUAAUUCCAUUGUUGAGGUCUACUAAAAUAGAUUUA